CUAAAAUUGGAAGCUUUGCGUAAGUAUCAGAUCUUAGGGGAAGGUAAUUUUGGGCAGGUCUGGCUCGUAACUGAAAGUGAAUCGAGUUCUACACCGUAUGCACUCAAAAUCCAAGCGAAGUUUGAACUUAUUGAAGGAGGACAGGCCGAUACAGUCCUUCGUGAAAAGGAAAUAAUGUCACAAGUUCGUCACCCAUUCAUCUCGAACCUCGUCAAAACGCAUCAGGACACUGACUUUCUAUACAUGCUUCUGGACUAUGCACAAGGAGGAGAGCUCUUCAAUGCUAUCCACGCCGAUGACCAUGAUGGCUUACCUGAGGAAAAUUGCCAAUUUUACGCUUGCGUUAUUGCGGAGGCUCUCGCUUAUAUGCAUCGCAGGUUCAUCGCCUUUCGAGACCUUAAACCUGAAAACGUGGUAAUCGACAAAUCCGGUUAUCCAGUACUGAUUGAUUUUGGAUAUGCUAAAUACAUUCCGGAAAAAUCGUUUACUCUCUGUGGCACACCUAACUAUUUGUCGCCGGAGAUGAUCACGAGUCGUGGACACAGCUGUUCGGUUGAUCACUGGGCACUAGGAGUUAUCACGUAUGAAGCCCUAACAGGUUUGAAUCCUUUCUUCGAGGAAGGAAUGGACCAGACAACGCUGUACAAGUCCAUCGUACAAGAUCACUACCCAUACCCUGACGAAGCAAGCGCAAUAGCUGCAGAUUUCAUCGAAAAGCUGCUCAUUAAAGACCCCAACCAGCGGCUAGGGUCACUAGCUGGAGGAGAGGACGACUUGUUUGCGCAUGAAUGGCUGGAACGCUUCGACCUUGAACGACUUCGAAAGCGCGAGCUAGUUGCUCCCUGGGUGCCAGAAUGCAGAGAUGCGCUAGAUACAAGCAAUUUUGCGGAUUGGAGUGAU